GAGAUGACCAACCUUGAACGUGGUUGCUUCAGCAGCAAAACAUCUGCUGCUGCUGCCUCGGCCAAUCAGGGAAGCUUUUACUGUGUGUCUGCUGUGUGCGUUUUUUUUCUGCCUGUGUGAGAGGAAGCGUGCCCUUCCUGCCAGGGGAGGGUCCUGGAUUAACUCGACUUGUCUGCCUCACCAAACGGUCAGCUGAUAAACUGCUAUUGAAGCCAGCUGAAGGCUGCUGUGGUUUAUUUUGGCACACUGCGUUGGAGAGUCAAAGGAGGAGGGAUUUUAUUUUUCUCCCCGUUUUCAUGUGGAGGAAGGAAGAAAUAUUGCCAUCUUCACCAGAGCUGGUAGUUUAGUGCUGUGGGGAGGGAAUAGAUCGAAUAACGCAGGCAAGAGAAGAAGAGAAAAGGAAGCUUGUGUCAGGCAAAAUGGCCUGAGAGAUGCUUCAAGCUUUGACGCAGCAUGUUCGUUGGAGCGAGGUGCCCUGAGGCAGAGACGGGAUUUGUUCCGAGUGUUCAAGACUUUGACAAGAAACUGUCUGAAGCUGACGCCUACCUGCAGAUACUGAUUGAUCAGUUAAAGCUGUUUGAUGAGAAGAUCAAGGACUGUAAAGAGGAUGAAUCGCGCAGAAAAGUAGAAAAUUUGAAAGAGACUACGUGUAGUAUGGUAGAGUCCAUCAAACAUUGUAUUGUUCUGCUGCAGAUCGCCAAGGACCAAAGUAACGAACAACAACACGCAAACGGACUUAUAAGCACCAUCAACCCAGUGGAUGGGAUCUACCAGCCCCCCCUGGAGACCCCUGUAGUCAACACCACAAUGCCAACACAGACCACACUACCCACAGAUGCUUCUCAGGUUUGUAAAUCAGACCAACGACCUUCCACGUUACCAGUAGGUCCCGUGGUCACAGUGAUGGGAAGUCUGCAGACCCCAACUCCCAACAGCACAGGGAGCGGCCCGUCGGGUUCCAGCAGCGGCGUCGCCUCUCCGGCUCACAUCCCUCUGCCCCCCCACUCUGUGCCAGAUUUCUCUUACUCUUCCAGCGAGGAUGAGUUUUACGAUGCUGAUGAGUUUUACCAGAGCAACACUUCGCCCAAACACUGCAUAGAAACCUCAGGGCCUCCCACUGCCUCACCCGUCGCUAAUGAAGAAACGGCGCUGAAACGGCCCAACACCACCGAGUCCAUCAACUCAUCCAUGUCCAACGGCACCACAGAUGCAGAUCAGUUUGAUAGCCAUGACGACCGUGAUGAUGAUGGUGAGGGGGAGUCUGUAGAAGAGCACAAAAGCGUCAUCAUGCAUCUGCUCUCUCAAGUUCGUUUGGGGAUGGACCUCACAAAAGUGGUCCUGCCUACCUUCAUUUUAGAGAGGAGAUCUUUGUUAGAGAUGUACGCAGACUUCUUUGCACAUCCUGAUUUAUUUGUAAGUAUCGCUGACCAGCCGGAGCCCAGAGAUCGCAUGGUUCAGGUGGUGAAGUGGUACCUAUCGGCUUUCCACGCUGGGAGGAAAGGCUCGGUGGCCAAGAAACCUUACAAUCCGAUUCUUGGCGAAGUCUUCUUCUGCCACUGGGAUUGUCCCAACGAGACGGACGAUCCUUCUCCUCAGACGGAGAUGGCGUCAGACGGGCCGGUUCCCUGGUCUUCAGCCAGCAAUGUGAGUUUUGUGGCAGAGCAGGUCUCUCACCACCCGCCCAUCUCUGCAUUCUAUGCCGAAUGUUUGAAUAAGAAGAUCCAGUUCAAUGCUCACAUCUGGACUAAGUCAAAGUUUCUUGGAAUGUCUAUAGGCGUUCACAACAUCGGUCAAGGUUGUGUUUCCUGUUUGGAGCAUGAUGAGCAUUACAUUCUCACCUUCCCUAAUGGAUAUGGCAGGUCCAUCCUGACGGUGCCGUGGGUGGAGCUGGGUGGAGAGUGCAACAUCUCCUGCUCCAAGUCAGGCUACAGCGCUAACAUCAUUUUCCACACCAAACCCUUCUAUGGCGGGAAGAAGCACAGAAUCACAGCUGAGAUUUUUGCACCGAAUGACAAGAAAUCUUUCUGCUCCGUUGAAGGAGAAUGGAAUGGAGUGAUGUUCGCCAAGUGGGCAACUGGAGAAAACACAUUGUUUAUAGACACUAAGAAAAUGGGCAUCAUUAAGAAAAAAGUGAGGAAGCUGGAGGACCAGCUGGAGUAUGAAUCCAGAAGACUAUGGAGGGACGUGACGCUGAACCUGAAGCUUAAAGACAUCAACGCAGCAACAGAAGCCAAACAUCAUUUGGAGGAGAAACAACGAGCCGAAGCCAGAGAGAGAAAGGAGCAGGAGCAGCAGUGGGAGACCAGGCUUUUCCAUGAAGAUGGGGAGUGCUGGAUCUACGAUGAGCCGCUAUUAAAGAGAUUAGCCUCUCAGAGGCAGUGAGGAUACCCCCGGCACGCUGAUGAACACAAACGAGCAAAAAGAACUGCGCACAGACUAGAGUCUUUAUAAGAACUCUAUGGCAAAAACCACUUCUUAUCCAAGCCUUGGAAUGAUUGAACAUGUACACUGCUUUGCAUUUGACUGUAAAAAAAAAAAUGAAUGAAAGCGUCAACGAUGUAACCUGAAUAUUAGUAAACCUUUUCUGUUUGUUUGGGCGAUUUCACCUCCGCUGGCCUCUGAUACCGACCACCUGCCAACAUGAGACUGCAGCGCAGAAGUGAGACGUCUCCCAGCUUCAUCCAUCAGCUCCACAACCGCACCCUUCAACAGAUACACAAGAUUAUCUGGAGCAGCUCUUGUUUUUGUAUGCAUUUGUUUCAGGGGGCAAGGUGUUCGUAGAUGACGGUGUACAAAUGAAGUAAAGCUCGACAUCUCAGGGAAUCUGGUGACAGUAAAGAAAGCUGCUGCCCCCUCCCACAGUCUGACAGCCUUACAACAGUGGAGCAGAUGAACGUGAACGAGAGACAACUUCUCUGCUCACCUGCAACUGAUGUUUAUAUAUAGAUAUACAUACGAUUGAAGUAUAUAUUCAUUUUAGUUUUAUUUUCAAAGCUUUCUUUCUGGCAAUAGUGUAAAAUAAUUGGGGAUAUGAAUUGAUGUUUUUACAUCUGUAAGGAUCAUUCCAUUUAGCCUUUUGUUGUUAUUUAUUUUUUUCAUUUCAGAGGAAACUUUGCUACCUUUGUGGCCAUUCACAUCGGUUUGUGUCUUAAGUGUUUCUCAGAAGCAAAACCCUACAUGAGCCAUGGCAUCUAAACACACAGAUCAGGAGGGAUGAGGGAUAUUUAAACAAUAUAUGCAAAUCAGUUUAAAGUUUCAGUGUCCGUUAUGCCAAAAUAAACGUGUAAAUGAAAGAUUAAAUGGAUUUUCUUGA